UUCUACUUAUAAAUAUACCGCAUAGAUUGUUACGACUCUAUCCAUGUCCGGAAAACAAUAGCGUGCCCUUUUAAUUAUCCCUACCCAUUCUCUGGAUUCUAGCCAGCUGCUUCAUUUAUUGACUCAUGCUAGCAUUACUUCUGCAUCACGAGAUAUAACUAGCCAAAGUACGUACUGUUAGUACUUCUGCAAGAGCGAGCACAAGAUCAGCUUGAUAUUGCAGAAUGGCGACGGACAAGGCGGUGGAGACCGUAAUUGUAGGAAAUUAUGUAGAGAUGGAGACGGAAGGCAAGCCCGCGGACGUCAAGGCCAAGAUUUCCAAGCUGUUCUGGCACGGUGGCUCAGUUUAUGAUGCUUGGUUCAGCUGUGCUUCCAAUCAGGUGGCCCAGGUACUACUGACGUUGCCAUACUCAUUUUCCCAGCUGGGAAUGAUGUCUGGGAUCCUCUUCCAGCUCUUCUACGGUCUGAUGGGAAGUUGGACGGCUUAUCUCAUCAGCAUUCUGUAUAUUGAGUACCGAACCAGAAAGGAAAGAGAGAAAGUUGAUUUCAGAAAUCACGUCAUUCAGUGGUUCGAAGUUCUUGAUGGGUUGCUGGGGAAACAUUGGAGGAACGUGGGUUUGGCGUUUAACUGCACGUUUCUUCUGUUUGGAUCCGUGAUUCAGCUCAUCGCUUGUGCAAGCAAUAUAUACUACAUUAAUGACAAUCUGGACAAGAGAACUUGGACUUACAUCUUUGGAGCUUGCUGCGCCACUACCGUCUUCAUACCUUCUUUCCACAACUACCGAAUCUGGUCUUUCCUGGGACUGUUAAUGACCACUUAUACAGCUUGGUACCUCGCCGUUGCUUCACUACUCCACGGCCAGGUAGAGGGAGUGAAACAUUCGGGCCCAAGCAAGCUGGUGCUGUACUUCACAGGGGCCACAAACAUUCUCUAUACAUUCGGAGGACAUGCAGUUACUGUAGAAAUCAUGCACGCCAUGUGGAAGCCACAGAAAUUCAAAGCCAUAUACUUGCUGGCAACCCUGUACGUAUUGACACUGACGCUUCCAUCCGCGGCAGCAGUGUAUUGGGCAUUUGGUGAUAUGCUUCUGAAUCACUCUAAUGCAUUCGCCCUCCUCCCCAGAUCGCCCUUUAGGGACAUGGCUGUAAUCCUCAUGCUCAUUCAUCAGUUCAUAACAUUUGGAUUUGCAUGCACGCCCUUGUAUUUCGUGUGGGAAAAGGCAAUCGGCAUGCACGAAUGCAAGAGCCUGUGCAAGCGUGCCGCAGCAAGAUUGCCGGUGGUCAUCCCCAUUUGGUUCUUGGCCAUCGUCUUCCCUUUCUUUGGUCCUAUCAACUCCACUGUUGGAUCUCUUCUCGUUAGCUUCACCGUCUACAUUAUCCCUGCCCUCGCUCACAUUUUCACCUUCAAAUCUGCAGCUGCCCGCGAGAAUGCAGUAGAGCAACCACCGAAAUUUGUGGGAAGAUGGAUCGGGGCAUAUGUGAUUAACAUCUUCGUGGUUGUGUGGGUCCUCAUCGUCGGGUUCGGAUUCGGUGGGUGGGCAAGCAUGGUUAACUUCAUCCACCAAAUUGACACCUUUGGACUCUUCACCAAGUGCUACCAGUGUCCCCCUCAACAGUUUCCACCACCGCCUGUCAUGAACGCCACCGCUCCUCUACCUCCUCCCCCCGGAAAUCUAACUCUCCCACACCACAUCAUUCGCAAGCCUUGAGCAGCUGUGAAAUUCAAGAGCCUGGGACUAGCAAAAUUGUCGUGUCAAAGGAGUUGAGACGGUGUCACUCAAUUGUCGUGCUAAGAUGUUAGCUAGCUUUAGUUGCACUCCAUUAAUCUGGCAACCUUGCAGCAGACCAUAUACAGAUAUGGGGCUGGCAAGAGAAUUUAGCAUCCUACACCCUCAACCUCUGGGAUCCAGUCAAUUUUCCUUUUCCAAAAUGGUCGUUAGAUUAGUUGAUGCUUGAUUUGUUUGUACCUGAAAU